AUGAUUUCAACACUAGCUACCUUUCCUCCAUUUCUGCACAAGGAUAUUAUAGAGUAUCUCAGCACAUCUUUUCUGCCUAUGGCUAUAUUGGGAUCCUCAAAAAGAGAAGGUGUUCCAGCACAUGUCAAUCUAUCUGCAUCAUCUAUGCUAAUGAUUGCAAUGCAGUACACGUCAAACCCGGUGUAUCACUGCCAAUUAUUGGAAUGCCUCAUGAAAUAUAAGCAAGAAGUAUGGAAAGAUUUGCUGUAUGUAAUAGCCUAUGGACCAUCUCAAGUUAAACCUCCAGCAGUACAGAUGUUAUUUCACUAUUGGCCCAAUUUAAAACCCCCUGGGGCAAUCAGUGAGUACAGAGGACUGCAGUACACAGCCUGGAAUCCUAUUCAUUGCCAGCACAUUGAAUGCCAUAAUGCGAUUAACAAACCAGCUGUGAAGAUGUGCAUUGACCCAUCCUUGUCUGUGGCUUUGGGUGAUAAGCCACCUCCCCUAUAUCUUUGUGAAGAAUGCAGCCAGAGAAUUGCAGGGGAUCACAGUGAAUGGUUGAUUGAUGUUCUUCUACCACAAGCUGAAAUUUCUGCUAUAUGUCAGAAGAAGAACUGUAGUUCACAUGUCAGAAGAGCUGUUGUCACGUGCUUCUCAGCGGGCUGCUGUGGCCGCCACGGCAACAGGCCAGUGCGCUAUUGCAAAAGAUGCCAUUCGAAUCAUCACAGCAGUGAAGUUGGGGCAGCCGCAGAAACCCAUCUUUAUCAGACAUCACCACCCCCUAUUAAUACCCGGGAGUGCGGGGCAGAGGAGCUUGUGUGUACUGUGGAAGCUGUGAUCAGCUUGCUGAAGGAAGCAGAGUUUCAUGCUGAGCAGAGGGAGUAUGAACUCAACCGCAGGAGACAGAUGGGCCUCUCCUCUUCCCAUCACUCCCUGGACAACACAGACUUUGAUAAUAAAGAUGAUGACAAGCAUGACCAACGCCUCCUGAGCCAGUUUGGAAUCUGGUUCUUGGUGAGCCUUUGCACUCCCAGUGAAAAUACACCCACAGAGAGUUUAGCAAGGCUGGUUAGCAUGGUAUUCCAGUGGUUUCACUCUACAGCUUACAUGAUGGAUGAUGAAGUUGGUAGCCUGGUUGAAAAGCUCAAACCCCAGUUUGUGACUAAGUGGUUGAAGACGGUUUGUGAUGUCCGGUUUGAUGUAAUGGUUAUGUGCCUCCUUCCUAAACCAAUGGAGUUUGCCAGGGUUGGUGGAUACUGGGACAAAUCGUGUAGUGCUGUGACCCAAUUAAAAGAAGGGCUGAAUCGAAUCCUUUGCUUGAUUCCAUACAAUGUGAUAAACCAGCCGGUGUGGGAAUGUAUCAUGCCAGAGUGGUUGGAAGCCGUAAGGACGGAAGUGCCUGAUAAUCAACUGAAAGAGUUCCGGGAAGUGUUGAGCAAAAUGUUUGACAUUGAACUUUGCCCUCUCCCUUUCUCCAUGGAGGAGAUGUUUGGCUUCAUUAGCUGUCGAUUCACAGGGUAUCCAUCUUCCGUGCAAGAGCAAGCAUUGCUUUGGCUGCAUGUGUUAUCUGAACUAGACAUUGUUGUUCCUCUUCAGUUACUAAUCAGCAUGUUUUCUGAUGGAGUUAAUUCUGUAAAAGAGCUAGCAAAUCAAAGAAAAUCGAGAGUCAGUGAACUGGCAGGAAAUCUUGCAGCUCGGAGGGUAAGCGUCGCUUCUGACCCUGGGCGCAGAGUUCAGCACAACAUGUUGAGUCCUUUCCCAAGCCCCUUCCAGAGCCCUUUUCGGAGUCCAAUACGUAGUCCUUUUCACAGCCCUUUCAAGAACUUUGGACACCCCAGUGGAAAGGCAAUUGAUUUUGACUGUGAAGAUGAUGAAAUGAAUCUUAAUUGCUUCAUUCUGAUGUUUGAUCUCAUCCUGAAGCAGAUGGAACUCCAGGAUGAUGGUGUCACUUUGGGCUUAGAGAACAGCAUUUCAAAAGAUAUAAUAUCCAUCAUAAACAAUGUGUUCCAGGCACCCUGGGGUGGUUCUCACACCUGUCAGAAAGAUGAAAAAGCAGUUGAAUGUGGUCUGUGUCAGUCCAGCAUUCUGUGUUACCAGCUGGGUUUUGAGCUGCUGGAACAGCUUGCUCCAAAAGAAGAAAUCAGGCUUGUGGAGCCCACAGAUAACCUCGAGGAUAGUCUUCUGUAUACUAGACCUGAGUUUAUUAUAGGAACUGAAGGAGAAGAGGAAGACAAAUUGGCACCAAAACAUGGAGAAAACCCAGGAAAUCACACAGAGACCACAGAAAAUGCUGCGAUAAAGAAUGACCCAGAAAGAAAAUUUUGUUACCAGCAACUUCCAGUUACCUUGAAGCUCAUAUACACUAUAUUGCAGGAAAUGUCAAGGUUUGAAGAACCAGACAUUCUUUUUAACAUGCUGAACUGUCUGAAGAUCCUGUGUCUUCACGGGGAAUGCCUAUAUAUAGCAAGAAAGGACCAUCCACAGUUUCUUGCCUAUAUUCAAGAUCACAUGCUGAUUGCAAGCUUAUGGGGAGUUGUGAAGUCCGAGUUCUCUCAGCUUUCUUCCCUGGCAGUCCCACUUCUUCUUCAUGCACUUUCGCUUCCCCAUGGAGCUGACAUUUUCUGGACAAUCAUAAACAGCAAUUUCAACAGCAAAGAUUGGAAGAUGAGAUUUGAAGCAGUGGAGAAGGUGGCUGUGUUGUGCAGAUUUUUGGAUAUUCACUCUGUGACAAAAAACCACCUACUGAAGUACUCUUUGGCACAUGCAUUCUGCUGUUUCCUGACUGCUGUGGAAGACGUCAACCCAGCAGUAGCUACAAGAGCUGGACUAUUACUUGACACCAUAAAGAGGCCAGCUUUACAGGGUCUCUGCCUCUGCCUUGAUUUCCAGUUUGACACAGUUGUCAAGGACAGGCCCACAAUUCUUAGUAAGCUUUUGCUACUUCACUUUCUAAAAGCCGAUAUUCCAGCUUUGAGCUGGGAGUUCUUUGUGAAUCGCUUUGAGACCCUGUCUCUGGAAGCACAACUUCAUCUGGACUGCAACAAAGAAUUCCCUUUCCCAACAACUAUCACUGCUGUCCGGACAAAUGUCGCCAACCUCAGUGAUGCAGCAAUGUGGAAGAUCAAGAGGGCUCGUUUCGCACGUAAUCGUCAGAAGAGUGUGCGUUCCCUGAGGGACAGUGUGAAGGGACCAGUGGAGUCAAAGAGAGCGCUCUCCCUUCCAGAAACCUUAACCACCAAAAUUCGACAACCUUCCCCAGAGAAUGAUAAUACGAUAAAAGACCUGCUGCCAGAGGAUGCUGGGAUUGAUCACCAGACUGUCCACCAGCUCAUUACUGUGCUAAUGAAGUUCAUGGCAAAGGAUGAGAGCAGCGCUGAGUCGGACAUCAGCAGCGCUAAAGCUUUCAACACAGUCAAACGCCAUCUGUAUGUCCUGCUUGGUUAUGAUCAGCAGGAAGGAUGUUUCAUGAUUGCACCACAAAAAAUGCGUGUUUCAACCUGCUUUAAUGCCUUUAUUGCUGGAAUAGCACAAGUGAUGGACUAUAACAUCAACCUGGGAAAACACCUUCUUCCUUUGGUGGUGCAGGUGUUGAAAUAUUGCACUUGUCCUCAGCUAAGGCAUUACUUUCAGCAGCCUCCUCGCUGUUCCCUCUGGUCUCUCAAACCUCACAUUCGGCAGAUGUGGUUAAAGGCUUUGCUUGUCAUUCUCUAUAAGUACCCCUACAGAGACUGUGAAAUCAGCAAGAUUGUACUUCACCUAAUCCACAUCACAGUCAAUACCCUCAACGCUCAAUAUCACAGCUGCAAGCCCCAUGCAACUGCUGGUCCUUUGUAUAGUGACAACAGUAACAUAAGCCGAUACAGUGAAAAAGAAAAAGGUGAAAUAGAGCUGGCUGAAUAUAGAGAGACGGGGGCCUUACAAGACAGUAUUCUACGCUGUGUGAGAGAAGAAAGCAUUCAGAAAAAGAAACUGCGCUCUCUAAAACAAAAAUCUCUUGAUAUAGGGAAUGCAGACUCCCUGUUGUUUUCAUUAGAUGAACAUCGCAGGAAGUCCUGCAUAGACCGGUGUGACUUAGAAAAACCACCUGUCCCUGCUGCUUACGCCAUACACAGGCAGAGUGAUUAUGGACGAUCUCGGCAGAAUUCUUCUACUAAAGCUGAAAAUACAGAAACACAAGAAAAUCUUCCUCGUACAGAGAGUUUCCAGGAAACAAGAAGACCUGUCAUACCAGAAGUUAGGUUAAACUGCAUGGAAACCUAUGAAGUGAAAGUGGACUCUCCAAUUAAACCUGCUGGUCCCAAGGAAGAUUUAGAUCUGAUAGAUUUGUCCUCUGACUCAACAUCGGGUCCUGAAAAGCAUUCAGUACUCUCCACUUCAGACAGUGACUCUUUAGUCUUUGAACCACUUCCUCCCCUUAGGAUAGUGGAGAGCGAUGAGGAAGAAGAAACAACAAACCAGCUGAACGAUGAGGUGUCUGGCAAAACUGCUGCGUCGUCUUCCUCAACUCCUGUCAAUGCCUCUGCACUCAGUCUCAGCACGACUCCUUUGGUCCAGUUCAGCAUUGAAGAUUGCUCCAAAGACUUUAGUUCUAAGGAUACAAGCAACAAUGCCUCAGCAGGAAUAGAAGAGAUCCUUUCCACUUCUCCAAAACAUCAAAAAGAUUCUUCAGAGUUAGUUAAGCCAGAAGAACUUCAGGACGUGUCCUGUGGGAACCCUUUAACACUGAAACAGAAAAGGGACCUGCUGCAGAAGUCAUUUGCCCUUCCAGAAAUGUCCCUUGAUGAUACCUCUGAGCUCAGCAUGGAGGAAAUUAGACCUAGUGGAGCAAUUCCAAGCCCAAAUGUAAAGACAGUCCUUAUUAAAGUCCCCGAAGAUUCUGAAAACCAAACAGAAAGUGAUAAACUUGAUACCAACACAGAGUCUGACACAGAACAAAACAUGGAGCAGAAACAAGAAGAGGAGACUGAGGAGUCAGAAUUUAAGAUUCAGAUUGUCCCUCGCCAGAGGAAGCAGAGGAAGAUUGCUGUGAGUGCUAUUCAGAGAGAAUACCUGGACAUUUCCUUUAACGUCCUUGACAAGCUGGGAGAGCAGAAGGAAGCAGAUCCCGCUGCCAAAGGACUUUCAACACUGGAAAUGCCAAGAGAGUCAUCAUCUGCACCAACCCUUGAAGCAGGUGUCCCGGAGACAAGUAGUCACUCUUCUAUAUCAACUCAGUUCAGACAAAUGAAAAGAGGCUCUUUGGGAGCUCUGACAAUGAACCAGCUAAUGAAGAGGCAGCUGGAACACCAGUCUAGUGCUCCCCACAAUAUCAGCACUUGGGAUACUGAGCAGAUACAGCAUGGAAAGCGGCUGUGCAAUGUCCCUGGUUGCCUAAACCCUGACUUGGAGGGACCACCGCUAAGAAUCAGAGGUGCCACGAAAUCUAGCCUGCUGUCAGCACCCAGUAUAGUCAGUAUGUUUGUACCUGCACCAGAAGAAUUUGCUGAUGACCAGCCCACUGUGAUGACUGACAAGUGCCAUGACUGUGGGGCUAUUCUUGAAGAAUAUGAUGAAGAAACACUAGGCCUGGCCAUAGUUGUGCUCUCAACCUUCAUUCACCUUAGUCCAGACUUGGCUGCUCCUCUGCUGUUGGACAUCAUGCAGUCUGUAGGAAGGUUGGCAUCAAGUACCAAUUUUUCUAAUCAAGCAGAAAGCAUGAUGAUCCCUGGAAAUGCUGCAGGUGUGGCCAAGCAGUUCCUCCGUUGUGUGUUCCAUCAGCUGGCUCCCAACGGCAUCUUCCCCCAGCUCUUCCAGAGCAAUAUUAAAGAUGGAAGUUUUUUACGGACCUUGGCCACGUCUCUUAUGGACUUCAGUGAACUGAGUUCCAUUGCUGCGCUGAGCCAGCUGUUAGAGGGUUUAAACAACAAAAAGAAUUUACCAGCAGGGGGUGCGAUGCUGCGCUGUUUGGAAAAUAUUGCUACCUUUAUGGAAGCCUUGCCGAUGGAUUCGCCCAGCAACCUCUGGACCACAAUUAGUAAUCAGUUUCAGACCUUCCUUACUAAACUCCCUUGUGUUUUGCCACUUAAGUGUUCUUUAGAUUCUAGUUUAAGAAUCAUGAUUUGCUUGUUGAAGAUACCUACCACUAGUGCCACCAGGAGUCUUCUGGAGCCUUUUUCAAAAUUACUAAGCUUUGUAAUUCAGAAUGCUGUCUUCACUCUGGCCUACCUGGUGGAACUGUGUGGUUUGUGCUACCGAGCCUUCACUAAGGAAAGGGACAAAUUCUACUUGACGCGCAGUGUCAUAUUGGAGUUACUGCAGGCACUCAAGUUAAAGUCACCCUUACCAGACAUGAAUCUGCUGCUCUUGGUGCAGUUUGUUUGUGCAGAUGCUGGAACAAAACUAGCUGAGUCAACAAUCUUGCAUAAACAGAUGAUUGCGUCUAUGCCUGGAUGUGGAACAGCAGCAAUGGAAUGCAUGAGGCAAUAUGUUGGGGAAGUGCUGGAUUUCAUUGCAGAUAUGCAUACCUUAACCAAAUUAAAGAGUCACAUGAAGACUUGUUCUCAGCCACUGCAUGAAGACACAUUUGGUGGACAUCUGAAAGUUGGUUUGGCUCAGAUUGCUGCUAUGGAAAUCACUCGGGGAAACCACAGAGACAACAAAGCUGUGAUCCGAUAUUUGCCUUGGCUUUACCAUCCUCCUUCUGCAAUGCAACAAGGGCCCAAAGAGUUCAUAGAAUGUGUCUCACACAUUCGUUUGCUGUCCUGGCUACUUCUGGGGUCUCUGACGCACAAUGUUGUCUGUCCAAAUUCUCCAUCAUCUUGCAUGCCUAUUCCACUGGAUGCGGGUUCACAAAUUGCUGACCACCUUAUUGUUAUUCUGAUUGGGUUUCCAGAGCAAUCAAAGACAUCUGUUCUGCACAUGUGUUCCCUUUUCCAUGCAUUUAUAUUUGCUCAGCUCUGGACAGUGUAUUGUGAACAAACAGCAGUAGCUCCGACAGUCCAGAAUCAGAACGAAUUUAGCUUUACAGCAAUCCUUACAGCCCUGGAGUUCUGGAGCCGAGUGACACCUAGCAUCCUACAGCUAAUGGCACACAACAAAGUGAUGGUGGAAAUGGUGUGCCUACAUGUGAUUAGUUUAAUGGAGGCUUUACAGGAGUGCAACUCUACUAUCUUUGUAAAGCUCAUACCAAUGUGGCUGCCAAUGAUACAGUCAAAUCUAAAACAUUUAUCUGCUGGACUCCAGCUACGUCUCCAAGCCAUCCAGAGCAAUGUCAACCAUCACAGCCUAAGGAUGUUACAGGGGUCAGGACAAAUGAACAAUAGCUCAUCUGUGCUCCGCAAAUGGCUACAGUGUACCCAAUUUAAAAUGGCUCAAGUGGAAAUUCAGUCGUCAGAAGCUGCAUCUCAAUUUUAUCCUUUAUGAUUCAUGUCAUUUGUUCCAAAUGUUCAUUUUUAGCCUAGCAAUAACAGGGUUAGAGCUGUAAAAGACCUUUUGUAUAAAUCGGUAUACAGAGUAUAUACUGUAUCUAUACUUUUUAGCCUAGGACAAAUUGUGGAGAAGCUUAUAAUGGGUGAAGCUAAGAGCCUGAUCCUGCCAGUCUUUAAUUACACUUACUCAGGAUCAACAGGUUCUCGAGUCUGCAUUCAUGAACAUGUAGUAUUUGCAGGAUCGGACUCAAAUCUAUCACAUUGUACAUAUCUCUGAUCAUGGAAAUAUCUUGUUCUUAAAUGUUUCUUUACAUUAUUUUUGAAGCUAAGAUAAAAAUCACUUUUCUUUAACUUCUAUUUUUUUUAAAAAUAGAAUUGUGGGUAUUCACAAACAUGGAAGUGCUAUGUUGCUAUUUUUUGACGAUAAAAGAAAACAGGGUUUUUAGGAACCUUUAUAGGAGUUUUUUGGGGUUUGUCUUUUUUUUUAGAUUCAUAGCUGGCAAUGCAAUAAAACCUGUCACUAGAAGACAGUCAUGUUCUAAUAAGGCUUUUUGUCAUCUUCAUCUGUGAAAACAGCAGCUUGUAAGGAGAGGUAUUAUAAAGUGCACUUAGAAAUUAGCUUGUUAAACUGUGCCAAUUCAUUUGUCUUUUUCUUCAGUACUGUUUUCCAAAACUGCCAAGUCUGAUUUAUUAUUUUUUGAAAUAUUGCUUUUAUUCAUUGAUUCUGUGCUGCUCUUCUUUGUAGGUUUCAUGGAAGCCUCUUUAAUUUUGUGACUACUGUAUUGUAUUCUUCUGUCAAUACUUGUUUACAGUGCAAUUAAAAAUGGAUAUUCCAGACUUAUUCUUAUUGAUGUCUACAGAAAUUACAUUGCAGACUUCAAGAGGAGCAUGAGUGGACGUGAACUUUUGCAUAAUGAUAUCUACAAAUCACACCAUUUGCACACUAUUGUAUUAAACAUGAGGUUUAGUAACAGAUGGAUUUUUAAUAUCAUUAAGGGACUCAGCCAAAGCCCAUUGGAAUCCAAGGAUUCAAUCAAUUCAGUGGAUUUUACAUAAACUCUUGAGAGCACCAUGAUUUGCCACCUUUUGUAAUUAAUACUUAAAUCUGUGCAAUCACAGUUGUAUUUUCUGUAUUUAUUCCUGUGAUGCACUGAUUAGAAGAAUAACAAACACACAUUUAAGUUGUGUAUUAGUAGGCUAUUAAAUUCCUAGUCUUUAUUACCA